CCCCAACUUGACUCAGUUUGAGUUCAGAUUGAACAAAGUCUGCUCGAUUUGGAUCGACUCACCCUCUCGGUUUAAGCCAAGCUGAGUCUAAUGAAUCGAACAGUUCAGACGAGUCGCGUUUGCUGAGUCGAAUCCUCCCGUGCCCAGCUCUAUCUAAAACUUCCGUUCUCUAGAAGUUUUUAACAGUGGUCGUUAAAUGCCCACUGUGUUUGUCCACUGGAGCCUAGAUCUGCUUCAUUUUUGCGCUCAUAAGGGUCCCGCGUAUGGCAUACAGUGGCCGAGUAUGGUUAUGGAGACCCCUGCUGUGCUUGACGCUAACCCAGCCCCAUGCAACCCAUGCCGUGUAUGGGUUUAGACAUCGGUCUGGAGGCCGGUUCAUGUUCAAACCGGUCAAUACCCGGUCCGGUCCGGUUUCCAAUGCAGACUACCCAUGGGCCCACCACCAAGCCAACGCAGAUCUCUAAAAAAAAACAACUCUCCCGGCUCCAAAGGCGACGGAGUUCUCAAUGCUGGAAAAUCCCAACAUGAGCGAGGAACAAAACUACCCAACUCCCAACAACCCCACCAACAUCAACGACCUUCUUCUCAUCAUCCUCCGCCCAAUCCCAAGCAUCGACUUUUUCCAUCACUUCUCCAUCCGAUUCAAAUCCACCGACUCUCUUCCCCUUCCUCUGUAAAUCCUCCAUGGAAAGAAUCAUGCUCUCGCCCUUCCCCACCGUAUUUCCAGAUCCAAUCCAAUACAAUUCCAGAAUCCCACGCCUUCUCUCGGAUUCCAGCACUCUCUUCUUUUGUAAAUCUGAUUUCUCAUUGCCCCGAAGGAAGAACCCAGCUCAAAUUACCUGCUCUUCUCUUGAACAAGGUCUCCAUCCUAAACCCAGGCCGAAACCGAGUCGAAUUCCUGAAGAUCUCGACUCAGAGGCUGAUUCUCAAAUAACCCAGAUGAAGAAACCUGCUACGAGCCUCGGGAAUCAAAUCGAGAAGUUGGUUUUCUUCAAAAGGUAUGGUGAAGCUCUUGAACUGUUUGAAAUUGUAGAAUGCAAGGACGAUUUUGUCUUAGAAGGUAGUACAUAUGAUUCUCUCGUAAAUGCUUGUAUUGGAUUGAGAUCGAUUAGAGGUGUGAAAAGGGUGUUUAAUCACAUGGUCGAGAGUGGGUUCGAACCGGAUCAGUAUUUGAGGAACAGAAUGUUGUUAAUGCAUGUGAAGUGUGGGAUGAUGAUAGAUGCCCGCAGGCUGUUCGAUGAAAUGCCUGAAAGGAACUUGGUUUCUUGGAACACCAUUAUAGGAGGGCUGGUUGACUCAGGUGAUUACAAAGAGGCGUACCAGUUGUUCUUGUUGAUGUGGCAGGAGUUCUCUGAUGCUGGGUCCCGCACAUUUGCUACUGCCCUCAGGGCUUGUGCUGGAUUGGGACUGGUUUUUGCCGGUCAGCAGUUGCAUUCCUGCGUGUUGAAAUUGGGGAUAGAUAGAGAUAUCUUCGUGUCAUGCGCACUGAUUGAUAUGUAUAGUAAGUGUGGGAGCAUUGAAGAUGCUCAAUUUGUUUUUGAUGAGAUGCCGCAGAAGACAGUAGUCGCGUGGAAUUCGAUUAUAGCAGGGUAUGCACUUCAUGGCUAUAGUGAGGAAGCUCUCAAUCUGUAUCAUGUAAUGAGAAAAUCGGGUGUGAAGAUGGAUCACUUCACUUAUUCGAUAAUUAUUAGAAUUUGCACCAGACUGGCUUCGUUAGAACAUGCACAGCAAGCUCAUGCUGGUCUGGUGCGUCAUGGUUUUGGUUUGGAUAUAGUGGCUAACACAACAUUGGUGGACUUCUAUAGCAAAUGGGGUAGGGUUGAAGAUGCACGGACUCUUUUUGAUAAGAUGCCACACAAAAAUGUCAUAUCUUGGAAUGCUUUAAUAGCUGGAUAUGCCAACCAUGGCCAAGGAAAUGAGGCUGUUGAAAUGUUUGAGAAGAUGCUUCAUGACGGCAUGAUUCCAAACCAUGUUACCUUUCUUGCUGUUUUAUCCGCCUGCAGCUAUUCUGGAUUAUCAGAUGAAGGAUGGGAGAUUUUUGAGUCAAUGAGUCGAGACCAUAAGAUCAAGCCUCGGGCAAUGCAUUAUGCUUGUAUGAUUGAGUUGUUGGGCCGAGAAGGGCUUUUAGAUGAAGCUUUUGCUUUGAUAAGAGAUGCUCCCUUCAGCCCUACAGAGAACAUGUGGGCUGCCUUGCUGACAGCUUGUAGAAUUCACAAGAACUUAGAGCUUGGAAGAUUUGCUGCAGAAAGGCUUCUUGGAAUGGAGCCCGAAAAGCUAAGUAAUUAUAUCGUGCUUUUGAAUAUAUAUAACUGUUCUGGGAGGCCAGAUGAAGCUGCCAAGGUGUUAGGGACCUUGAAGAGAAGGGGAUUGAGGUUGCUUCCUGCCUGUAGUUGGAUUGAGAUCAAGAAACAAACUCAUGGGUUUCUUUUUGGUGAUAAAUCUCAUCCUCAAAGCAAAGAGAUUUAUAAAAGAUUAGAUGACUUGAUGGAGGAAAUCGCCAAAGAAGGCUACAUUCCUGGUGGGAGAUCUUUGCUUCCUGAUGUGGAAGAACAGGAUGAACGAAUGUCGGUGUAUCAUAGUGAGAAGUUGGCUGUUGCUUUCGGGCUUCUAAGUACGUCCGAUUCAACUCCACUGCAGGUAGUUCAAAGCCAUCGGAUCUGCAGCAAUUGCCAUGGUGUUAUUAAACUGAUAGCCAUGGUUGCUAAACGGGAAAUUGUCCUGAGAGAUGCGAGUCGAUUUCAUCAUUUCAAACAUGGGUCUUGUUCUUGUGGGGAUUAUUGGUGAUUAUACAAAUUCAGGACAUGGUAGCCUAGCCUGCGAAAACAUUCAAUUUAGCAGCAUGAGGAUGUUUUGCUCCAUCCAUUUCAAUGCAGAGAAAGUUGCAGUGUAUGUCUUUGUACUCCAUAGGAAUAACGCAGUCUAAUACAAGAUGUAUACUAAUUAUUUAGCAUUUCUUGUACACUUUGCAAAAUGAGUACCAAUGGAUCACAUGGCUGAUGCGAUCAAGACCCCGACCGCGAAUGCAGUGGGCCAUGCUAUGUGUGGGCCUUGGCUGAAAUCAGGCUGAUUCAACAAUCCUAAAUUCUUGAUCAAAACACUGUGCAAAAAGGGUUGGUGGCCAUCUCUUUCCCCGAAUUGAUUAUCCUAUUUUUGGUCUGCGGCCCAUAUACGGGGUUAUGCUGGAUGAGUGGCCCAAAUUUUGUACAUUUCUGCUACGUGUCUCCAUUGGAACUAGCAUGCAAGAAGCUGUAUGCGUAUGCAAUUUGCAUAACUAAUUGGUA